GUUGUUUCAUGCUGGACGGAAGGGUGGAAGCAGAGGCGCACUUUGUUUGGACACAGGGACGAAUUAAGUCACGAAGACCGUGUGACAUCUCCACUACAAUACAGUCGGUGUGAUAAUGUCACACAAUUCUACCGUUACGAAUUCUGGACUGUCACUUACGGACACUAUCUUCAAAGAGAAGUGAAAACGUGCCAACACCAUGUCCGUGGCAGUGGAAUCCUCCGUGUCGAGGGCGUCACUCCCCAUUCCCACUUUCUCCCAGGCAGAGCAGUCCUUCUCUCUCAAAAAGCGUCAUGUCCCUUUAUCCUUGUCCUCUUUGUCCAACUCGUCCGACUCUUCUCCUCUGCGGCUCUCGUAUUCUAUGCCACCGCUGCCUCCAUCCAAAGGAUGUCCCCCUCUGAGCAGGGUGUUCCACCCGCGUCCCUCCCCCUGGACGCCCCUGUCUGGUUCCCUUAAAAAGCUGCCCUGUCCAAAGUCUGUGUACGAUCCCAGCAAACAACAGUCCUUUUUCAGUCAGUGCUUCACCAAUUUGGGUCUACUGGGAAGAGGAUCAUUUGGAGAGGUCUUCAAGGUGCAAAGCAACGUGGACGGCCACCUGUAUGCAGUGAAGUGCUCUGCCCAUCGCUUCAGAGGCAACAGUGAGAGGACCAGGAGUGUGAGGGAAGCCAGGAACCAUGAGCGUCUGUGUCCUCACCCUCACAUCCUGGACUUUGUGGCUGCCUGGGAGGAGUGUGGGCGGCUGUACAUUCAGACGGAGCUGUGCAGCACCAGCCUGCUGCUGCACGCUGAGAACCAGCCUCCUGGACCAGAUGAAGCUGCAGCGUGGACGUACCUGUGUGACCUCCUCUCAGCUCUGCAACAUUUGCACUCUAAUGGAUUCGUUCAUCUGGACAUGAAGCCCGCCAACGUCCUCGUCACUGACUCGGGUCGUCUCAAGCUCGGGGACUUUGGUCUGCUGCUGCAGCUCAAACACAAGAGCACAGAGUCUUCAGAGGGGAACGUGAAAGAGGACGCACAGGAGGGAGAUCCUCGAUACAUGGCUCCUGAGCUCCUCCGUGGACAGUAUGGACCUGCUGCAGAUGUUUUCAGUUUGGGGGUUUCUAUUCUGGAGCUUGCCUGUAACAUGGAAGUUCCAAAUGGUGGAGACGGCUGGCAACAGCUCAGACAAGGCUGCCUCCCCUCAGAGUUUACUAAUGGCCUGUCAGUGGAGCUGCAGACAGUGCUGAGGAUGAUGUUGGCCCCGGAGCCUUCUGAGAGGCCCACAGUCUCCGAGCUUCUUGCUCUCCGUUUCAUCAGGAAACGCAUGUGGAGGAGACGCGUGUAUCUCAUGGUCGCAGAGACUGUGUUGAAACUGGUCUCCCUCUGCCAGCAGGUGGUCUGUUUCGGGUGCAGACUAUUGUCCUGCCUUCACUUGUCCUUUCUUCCUCAAUGGACCAAACCAGUGCCCUGCACCCCUCCCAGGGACAGCUGGGACAGGGAUCUAACGCUGUCCCUCAGUGUCAUGCACAGCCACUCAGGUAGCCCAGAGGACGACGUAGUGUUUGUGCUGGAUCCCACAAAACCAGAGCUUUCUCCCACCUUCUCACACAGAGUCAAAUCCAGACUGUGUGUGGACAGCACGUCCACUCCUCUGCCAGUUUCACUGACCAACGGUCAUCGCAGUCCCGUCCACACGCCCUCCAGCAUCCACUCAAACACAACCUGCCACACACUCACCCCGAGUGCGAGCUCUGUCCACUCAGAGCUUCAUCCGGACGGCAUGAGUGACAGGUCCACGCAGAGGCGACGCGGCAGCAACUGGGUGCGAGCGGACGAGGAUCUGCCCCGAGCGAGCUUUGAACCAAAGAACCUGCUCAGUCUGUUUGAGGAAACGACUGUAGAGGGACAGCCAUGACUUCACAUCAGGACUGUCAGCCUGAACUAGUUUACUGUUCACUCCAUGUGUAUUUGAACAGGAGGAAUUUAGGGACAAUCAAACCUGAAGCACUUUCUUUGUUUGUGUAAAAGCAGUCUGUUGCUCAAGUGACAGGUCGUGUGUUUAUGUUUGAGUUUAUCGUUGUUGAGUUUAUCGUUGGCUUGGUGUGUGUGAGUGGAUUUUGCAUAAAUACAGAAACCACUGCUUGUCAAACUUGGUGUGAAUCAGAAAAAACAAUAAACAACUGAUCAAUUA